ACACUCUGCAUAUAAAGUGCCUUCCCCAGAGGGUCGCCGAGCGCUUCGCUGUGCCAACCCACCGGGGCUCAUCAACAGGGAGUGAACCUAGGAUAGUCAGCAUCAGAAGCACAGGUGUCUACCUUUGGCUCCAAAGGAAUAACUCUAAGCUUGCAGCAAUGGCAGGCUCUUAUCCUCUAAGCAGAUUGUUCAUUAGAAGUGGCUUGAACACCCUAAACCAGUAUAUUACAGAAGCAGAAACUCUGAUUUACAGAUGAGGAAACUAAGGCCAAGAUCGAGUGCUAUGGAAUCCCCUCCACAUCAUAUAGUUAUUAAACAAAACGUCAUGAUGUUUCCUGAGCAUACUGGACACAGGGACUGAUACAGCUACAAGAGUGGAAGAUGGAGUCUCUUCUGCCUCCUCCGUCACUGAGUGCAUCACCAGGUUCCACUCUCAAAAUGCCAUUACUUGAAAAACAGGAAAAUGGUGAGCAGGUGCUGGUGAAAAAUGAAACCUAUUUGCAAAUCUUGAAAAAUAAGGAUCAGAGAAAGAGACUUGUCCAUGAAAUCUGUUCCUUUUUAGACAGCAGUCAGUCUGUCCAAGAAAUUGAUGCUUUGAGGACAGAAAAUAGGAAGCUAAAAAAUGCGAACUCAAGGCUGCGUUAUAAAACUAAAGAUUGGGCAUUAAAGAAAGAAGAAUAUGAAAAUGAGAUUGAGAGGCUUUCUGGUGAGAUAUCUAAUUACUUAAAUGUCACCAAUUUCUGGUAUGAAGAGUCAGAGCUUUUGAAUGGCCCAGAUAAGAGAGCACCGAGGGAAUCGACCAAACAUGUGAGAGGUGCUGAGCACUCACAACUCCCAUGGACUUCAUUCAAUGUGCUGGGUGAUGAGCAUCACUGCAGCACUCAGACAGAGGGCGCUCUUGGAUCGGAGAAAAGGACUGUUGCAACUCAGACUGGUGAUGAUAGCUCAAGCUGCAUAGUUGAAGAGCCCUUGGCAAAGGAUGAGUCUGAAUGGUAGAAGAGCAAUUUCACUUUAAUAUGUCUGGCUGCCGGACAACAUGUUUGACAUUGUUUCACAUUUAACUCUUACUGAACAAAUUAUUCAAAUAUAUAUAUAUAUAU